AUGCCGUUGAAUACAAACUACAUAAUUAUAAUUCUUUCCAACAUCAUCAACAUAUUUCCAUCACCAAUUUACUCAUCCAUCAUCAACUCGGACCAAUGUUUCAGGCCGGUAACAACUAUUUCUGGAAAAAAUAUCUGCCUUGUUGGAGGUACUCUCUAUCAGCCCAUAUCUGUUUCGGAGAUGUGCGAAGUCGAAUGUUCUUUUUUGUGCCGUAUGAAUUUAGCUACAUGCAUCGGAUUUAACUGUCGUUAUGCAGGCUCUGAGGUCAGUUGCGAAAUGGCGCAUGGCGACGGCGGGAGUUGGGAGGGCAGGUAUGUUGUAAACAAACCUCUUGCUGCUUGCUGUAGGUUCUACUCGGUGAGUAAUUUGGUCAAGUUGGUGAAAUCGGCGUGGGCCAUGGCGUUGGAUGAUGUGCAAGAGCAACAAGAUAGUUCAACGGUUAAGGUGCCUUGUCCUGUCGUUGUAGAGACCGAGUUCGAUUUCCGUCUUGUCCUUAUAGGCAGCUGUCGAAAAAACAAAAGAACAAGAAUAUACAUGGAAACCAAGAGUUCAGUAGCCGACCAAACCGACAACAACAACCAUCCCUGCAGCGGCAGAUUUGUCAACAUCGCCAGCAACUACUUUUUAUGUAGCGAAUUCGUCAAUGGCAACAAUCUCAACGCCAUCAACGACAAAAACAAAUGCAACAGCAUUACCAUCAACAGUUCACUCGCAACAGCUUACAACUGCGACAACAACAACAACAUUACUAACAUACGAUUGCUCGAUCAACAACCCUUGCCUCACACUGAACAACAAGAAGUACCCAAACAAAGACCCCACAAAAUACGUGUUCUGUAGCUUAGUGAGCCUCAGUUGUUCGAUUGGAACAUGCUUCAACCGCUUCGAUCCGUCAACAGGCACUUGCGUGUGAAGAAAAAUAUCUUCUAGUAAUGCUAUCAUGUUACAUUGAAAAAUAUUUUUAGUAAUUACAAACACAAUUAAAUUAUUAAAAACACAAGACUGAAUAAUAUUUUAAAAUGUCGAUUGAUUGAAUUAUUUAAAAAGUUUUGUUGAAGAAACCACUAAUUGUUCUACAUUCACCAGAAUUAUUGGCUCUCUUGAUUCACCAAUUAAAUUUGUUAACGCAUUUUUUGUAAUAUUUGUGCAAGAACAUUCUAUUACAUUUGAAAUAAAACUAACAUCAU